UGGGCUGAGGGCGGGGUGUCGUUUCCUUCGCUGAUGCAAGAGCCUGGUGCGGUGAAGGGAGAGCUAUCAGCAAGAACCGAGCUGUCGCGGAUUCUUGGGGCUGACCCAUCCGACUUCCCGUCCGAGCCGAACCCACCCGAGCCGCAGCCAUGUCCGGGGACGAGAUGAUUUUUGAUCCUACUAUGAGCAAGAAGAAAAAGAAGAAGAAGAAGCCUUUUAUGCUAGAUGAGGAAGGGGAUGCCCAGACAGAAGAGACCCAGCCCUUGGAAACAAAAGAAGUGGAGCCAGAGCCAACGGAGGACAAAGAUGUGGAAGCUGAUGAAGAGGACAGUAGGAAAAAAGAUGCUUCUGAUGAUCUGGAUGAUUUGAACUUCUUUAACCAAAAGAAAAAGAAGAAAAAAACAAAAAAGAUAUUUGAUAUUGAUGAAGCUGAAGAAGGUGUAAAGGAUCUUAAGAUUGAAAAUGAUGUUCAAGAGCCAGCUGAACCAGAGGAUGACCUUGAUAUCAUGCUUGGCAAUAAAAAAAAGAAAAAGAAGAAUGUCAAGUUCCCAGACGAGGAUGAAAUACUAGAGAAAGAUGAAGCUUUAGAAGAUGAAGACAGCAAGAAAGAUGAUGGAAUCUCAUUCAGUAACCAGACAGGCCCUGCUUGGGCAGGCUCAGAAAGAGACUACACGUAUGAGGAGCUACUGAAUCGAGUGUUCAACAUCAUGAGGGAAAAGAAUCCAGAUAUGGUUGCUGGCGAGAAAAGGAAAUUUGUCAUGAAACCUCCACAGGUCGUUCGAGUAGGAACCAAGAAAACUUCUUUUGUCAACUUUACAGAUAUCUGUAAACUAUUACAUCGUCAGCCCAAACACCUCCUUGCAUUUUUAUUGGCUGAGUUGGGUACAAGUGGUUCUAUAGAUGGCAAUAACCAACUUGUAAUCAAAGGAAGAUUCCAACAGAAACAAAUAGAAAAUGUCUUGAGAAGAUAUAUCAAGGAGUAUGUCACUUGUCACACAUGCCGAUCACCGGACACGAUCCUGCAGAAGGACACCCGACUCUAUUUCUUACAGUGCGAAACUUGUCAUUCUCGAUGCUCUGUUGCCAGUAUCAAAACUGGCUUCCAGGCUGUCACAGGCAAGCGAGCACAGCUCCGUGCCAAAGCUAACUAAAAUGCUAAUCAUCACUGAUUUUGCAAAGUGUGUUGUGGAGAGUUGGCUGGACAGGUUUCCCAUCUGAGUGGAUAUGCCAUUGUAGUAAAAGCAAGACAGAAAAGUCGCCAGGUUCUUUGGUGAGUGGUUGGUGAUCUGAAAUCCUUGCAAGAUGCCGAUGCUCAAGCUGUUGACAUACUCAUUGCCUACUUUAACAACUGUCAGAAAAACAUAAUGGGGUAAGGAGGUGCUUUUUUAAAAUCGUUCAUAGACUUCUGUAAAAUGCAAGAUAAAUUAAAGUUAUUAUAACAGUGAUUCUUUCAAUUUGGUUUGUCCUUCAGUUUUCUUUUCUAUUAAAAUAACUCAGCAAAAACGAAACGACAGUUUGUGCCUGGGCUGUAGUGAGGUCUCUGUAUCCUUGUCCUGAAAAACUGGACAUUGGCAGGCUCUUCAGCUGGGCAGCCAUUUUUCUUCUCACUUCUCUUGAGAUAACAGUUAAAAGUGGAUGCAGCAGGAGAUCAGGGAAGACUGCCCAGAGAAUGGCGACAGAUUUGAAUUCUUUACCUUAUGUGAGGAUUGUUGCUACUACCUCACUGGCGGCUCCUCUUCCAUGUUACUACGUGAGGGAAUACAAGGUGCUAGGUACCCUCCCUCCUUGGAAUUUUCUUCCAUAACAGCCACAAAGAGGUCUUAGAAACAGCCUCAAGAUGUGUCUUGUAACUUGAUACACUGAAAAACCCAAGUGAGUGUACUGCUGUGUGCAGUACAGGGAGCUCUUCUGAGAGUCCAAAUGGUAAUGCCAGAAGAAUCUUUUUCUUCCCAUCUUAUGUUCAGAGUUUGAAAAAGGCCCACCACAAAUACAUAUCUGUUUUCUGUAUUAAAGUAGCUUUUGAAUGUGACCAUGAGAGCCCAAGAGAUGCUGCUGCUUACGUGAUGUUUCUGGUGCCUCCAGUUCUGCCUCCCGAGGAUUUGGCUGGAAGGGUGUCCCUGCACUGGUGCACAGGGGCGAGGGCCAUCUGGGGCCAUCUGAUUUGUCUGUACUGUGAUCUGCCUUGCUCACACGGGCUGAGGAGAGGGGCACACAGUGCUCUUUGCUUUUUUAUUGACAGACUUCACACUAAGUGGCCCAGGAGCAGUCAGUGUCUCAUCCAUGUUGUUUUUAAUCACUGUGACCCUUAAUUUUAUUAAAGUACAAGCCAAGUGUUGUCAAACACCUUGGCCAUGAAGUGGUAGAGGGAGCCUUCCUUCAAUCCAGUCGGUCCUCCUGCAGGGACUGCACACUGGCUGAGCUGCCACCACUGCCAUGAAGAACCCAACUGCUGUUUAUGACCCCGUUUUCCUUUUUUUGUAUCUAUGCCCGUUGGAUAUUAUUGCGUGAAUAAAGCAAGGAUCAGUGCCUCUUGUGUAA